AUGGGCACCCUCACGGCUUCCUCGACCGCGUCCAGCUUUCCGCUAGUAAAGUCCAAAUUCGGAGGCGCCAGCUAUGAGGAGGAAACGACUGAAACCCGCUCGAUGACGGACCGCAGCAGCCGAACGGACGCCAGUGGCCGGUCGGCGGCCCUCGAGAGGGCAUACGUGCACGACGUGUACGAAAACUGCGAGGAACCGAAUGGCCAGAUCCGCCCGAAGGUGGCCCAGUUCCUGGCGGGGCUCGAGCCGGGCUCGCUCGUGUGCGACGUCGGUUGCGGCAAUGGGCGCUACCUGUCCGGCUUCAACCCGCUGAUCUACACGAUCGGAGUCGAUCGGUGCUACCGGCUCACACAAGUCGCCCACGGGAAGGGUGGUGAAGUAGCGAUAUGUGAUAACCUGGAACUGCCAUUCCGAGACGAGUCGUUCGAUGCGGUCCUAUCGCUAGCAGUGGUGCAUCACUUCGCCACGACGGAGCGACGUGUCGGCGCCAUUCGGGAGCUGGCGCGCAUCCUACGGAUAGGGGGCCGCGUUAUCAUCACCGUGUGGGCGCUGGAGCAGCGGCACCGGCGGUUCGAGUCACAGGACGUGCUGGUUCCGUGGCAGCCGCCCCGCUCGAAGACCGGCGGCCUCUCGGACGACGAGGACGAUGACGACUUCCUGCCUCCCUAUCACGCCUACACCGAGGACUCGACCAACUCGAGCCGGUCGGCUGGCGACGGAGACAGUUCCAGCCUGUCGUCCUCCUCGCCCGGCGAAACGUGCUACAGCUUCGUGCGUCGUGCGAUCCAGAAAUUGGCCGGUAGCAAGCGCAGCCCGUGGUUCCUGGAGUCGUGGAGCUCGCGGGAAACCAAGCACGACAGCAGCCUUGACUAUGAGGACGCCAAGGAUUUGCCCAUCGAGCUGCGGCGCCUCGAGGAUUUCGACGACCUGCCGGAGCCGCCGCUGUCCGCUGGCCUCAAGAGCCGGAGUCUAGGUAGUAUACUAAAUCCACCACCAAAAACCAUAGUUAGAUCACGUUCAAGUGUACCAAGUUUAGGUGCUCAAAUGCCUGAAUCGAAAGUGCCGCCCCCGACCGCGGACCCGGCGCCGCCCGCGUCCCGCCGCCCAAAGCUAGUGAAACAGAAACAGUCGCUGUGCGACGAGGUGGACUAUAAGUUCUCCGAGUCCUCCGCCCAGGCCUACCGGGAGCACGUGCAGCGCAACGAGGCGCGCGGCCCGCUGCUGCGCAAGCAGAGCUCACUCAAUGAGGAGCUGAUGGCGGAGAGCCGGUUGCGCGAGAAGGAGCGCAUCCGCAAGCGCAUCCAGAAGCAGAUCUCGCUGAACGAGAGCUUCCUGUGCCGGUCGCUCUUCACAAAGCGCCUGCAGGUGAUCAAAGAAGGCUUCGCGACCAAGCUCAAAACCUCCACCGGCAGCCUGGAGCGGGUCACCAAGAACGGCUUCGUCAAGAUCAUACAGAACAUUAAGGCCGCCAGCCCGGCCAGUGCGUACCAUGGUGGCGCGCCCGGCGGCCACCAGCACCAUCACCAUCACCAUCAUCACCAUCACGGCCACCACGGCCACCACAACCAUCCGAACCACCAGCACCAUCCUCCACACCACCACCAUCACCACCAUCCGCACGGGCCGCCGCCCGGUCCCGGGGGCCGGUCGCCCUACUGCGCCUACGAUCCCAGCUGCUGCCCACCCGGCUGCUGCCCGGACUACGCCGGAUCCGGCUCUGGCUCCGGGAGCCGGUUCGGAGGUGCCUGUGGCCACCAUCGGCUGUCGCGCAACAAUUCCGCCAGCGGAAGUGGCACCAGCAGCAACGGCAGCACCGGUGGCAACGGCCUCGGUAGCGGUGGCGGCGGCGGCGGUGGCGGUGGCAGCAGCAGCGGCAGCAGCACCAACGACAAGCUGCUGGCCUCGAUGGGCACCAGCCAGGAUGAGGCGUCCAAGCCGAGGCGCCACUCGCGCGAAAGCGGUUCCGACAGUUUUCGUUCUACUUUCAUUAAACGACAACGUUUUGCGGAUUCGUCCAAAGACAGCAGUCUCCAGAGUGAUACCAGCAUCGAAUCGGAGGAUAGUUUUGCAUCUGUGAUCUAUAUUCCUAAACCAGACCAACAGCAACAAUCGCAACCACAGCAGCAGCAGCAGCUGUCGCAGGUGACACAACCGAACGGUGGCUGCAGUGGAAAUGGGGUAGCGAAUGGAGCGACGAACGGUGUGUGUAGUGGCGGAACCGGCAGCGGGGCGGAUUUCUUCAACACCGGCAACAGCAUGGGUCGCAUGCCUUCCUCAUCAGUGCCAACGUCACCACUGGUGAUGCCCUGUCCAACGCCAGCGCACUCACCGGCACCUCCGCGAACCAAAACGGGCAGCAGUGACACAACCCCGAACGGGUCCGAUGGCACAGGACUGCCGGGACUGCCGGUCGGUGACGGUACGGCCGCUCCGGCCACGGAAAGUACCAAGUUCACGUUCGAGGAAACCGUUGUGUUACCGUGGCAAAAGGAACAGCAACUGGCGGCCGGUCAUGCGAUCGAAACGAUCGGCACUGGCAGUGGGAGUGAGUCCACCGUGCCAACGUCCGCGUCCACACCGAACACCCUGACCAUCAGUAGUAGUUCCACCACUAGCACCACCACCACCACCACCACCAGUACCUGCUCAAGUAAGCCGGCGACGCAGGAGCGUACGACGUCGAGCAUCAGAACGCUGUUCAGUUCACCGCUAAAAUCGCAGAAGAUUACCCGGCAGCAGAUCAAGGAGCUGCCGCCCAUUCCCAAAUUCCGGCGCAGUGGCAACUAUCCCAUCCUACGUCGGCAGACCUCGGCGGCGGCUUCCACCGGUAGCUCGGCAUCGUCCGUACCGAUCCCGAAGCUGCUCUCGCUCGAGCUGUUCAAUCCGGAGACGGACGACCUGGACAGCGACUCGAGUGAACCGUCGUCGCCGGAUUCGAUCGACAGUGUCAUCAGUGCCCUGCGACCUUCGCUUUCACCCGCACCGGCCUCGUCGGUGGUGGCAAAAGUCGCGUCGGAGCUCGCCACCACCCUCAGCUCCUCAAUUCCUCCGCUGGUCGAAGCGGCCGCCGUCGUCGCACACAAACUCGAGGACGUCGUGGACAUGGCAAUACCGGAGCGUGUUGAAGCUUCCGCCACUUCCGCUGGUGGCGGUAAACCGAACCGAUGCAACGGUCUGCCGGAAGCGACACCUGCGACGACGAACCUAGCGGACGCGGAAGAGCUAGCGUCCCGGCAGCAUCUGGUGGACUUUGCCGAAAAGCUGAGCGCCCAGCUGCUGAAGGAGCUGGAAAACGAGAAGCAGCGCAACAGCGAAAGCUUCGACGAGGAUGACGACGUGUUCGGGGGGCCGGACGGUCGGGAGGCGCGGGUGGCGCAACCGAUCGUUACCGAUCCGUACCUGCGGAAGCUGAACGGUGACCUGCGCGAUCUGAACCAGCUGCGGGCGGAGUUGCGCGAACGGCGGCUAAUGCUGGCGAACCUAUCCAAUGUGGGGGGCACGGCGGGGGUUGGCAUGGGCGGCGUGGGUCAGUUCGGGGGCAGCAAUGACUCGUUGGGGCAGAGCUACGGCUCCUCGAUGGCUCCGAUCAUUCAGGAGGAAACGGACGACGAUGACGAUGAGGAUGAGGAGGAGUUCAAUGUGCUCGAAGAGCAACGCUGUGGGGGACAGCAGCGGGGUGCUGUCGAAGGGGAGGUGACGGCGGGUGUGGGGGUGGAAGGGGGUGCACCGAAGGUCGUGUCCAACAGUGUUAAGUGUAAGAAUCUCGCAGCGAAGUCGGUUGUGGACGAUUUCGUCAUCAUUCCCGAGCUGGAUGAGGACGACCCGGAGCUGUCCAACGAUACGGUGCUGUUGAUACAGGAGGACGACAGCUCGGAGGAGCAUCAGUGUCACACGGAAGCUGAUGCGAACCAGCAGCGUCCGGUUGUGGUCGGGCCGAGCGGCACGGGCAGCACCGGUACGAGCGAAACUCACCGGAGGCGUAGCAAGGUGAUCAGCUUUAAUGGCGCCAGUCAGCACCUGAGCCUACUCGCCGGGGCGGACUAUCUCCACGGCAGUAGCAGCAGUAGUAACAGCAGCGGCAAAGACAUCGGUGAGCGUCACAGCCGUUGGAACAGUCCACCGACGGCCAGUGCUAACGGUCCAGUGCCGACAACCACCGCACUAUCGUACCCUUCAACGAGUUCCACGUCCGGCCUUAUGGGAGCUGCCAGCAGCUCGUCCACCAGUGCGACGAUGCCUCCAGCGCCUGGCCAAGGCACCUGCAACGCACCAGGUCCUGCCGAACGGAAACCGCUUUCGGCCACCAAAAAGUCGUCGGUACCUUCCUUUGAAUCUCACGCCAGCGUCGACUCGUGGGCGCACUCGGCCAGCACGGCGUCGCUGGACAGUCCGUCGAUCGGGGGCUCCGCUACCCACCACCGGUACUACCACGUGUUCCGGGAGGGGGAACUGGAUGCCCUGAUCAACCACCACGUCACCAGUCUGCACAUCGUGUCGUCCUACUACGAGCGAGCGUCCUGGUGCGUCGUCGCGGAGAAGGUACACGUAUGGACCAUAUAG